AUGAACGAACAAUACGAAUUCAUUCAUCUUGCGCUAGCUGCCUUUCGAGAAGACUGGUCCACCAAACUUAUGGACCCCAGGACCCUUGGCCUGGGGGCCUUAAGUGGCUCAUGCGAUAGUAGCACCGGGAAUGGUAAUGGGUCUCCGACUCUAUCUGGAGCCACAGGUGUAUCAAUCGGCCCACCCAUUGUCGGCCUCUGGCCACCCCAGCGCCGUCGCAGCAGUCCUAGUCAAGUGCUUGGACUCUCUCCUGAAGCUGACCAGCAGACGUCUGCUGCAACGCCUGUUAUAAGACAAACUGUCCUUUCUUUGACUUCAAUACUACCACCACCGCCAGUACCCACUCCAACUUCGUCUACCUUGCCUUGCUCUCAGCCAGUGUCUCCGUCCCCAUCCUCUUCGGUGGCCGAGUCGCCAUCGGUUCUGCCUUUAUCAUCACCAUCCAGGCUGACAUUAGAACGGAUGAGUCUCCCCCUUGGUCCUGAGGAGGCUGAUGACGCUUGUGAGAGAGUGUCCGCUCAUGCUGAACUCACUAAUGCAACAUCACCAUCGCUAUCACUACCAUCAUCUUCAUUAGUACCAUUUACUAGAGAAACUACAACCACUAAAAUGCUAAAAAGUGAAAAUCAAUAG